AUGUUACAGGAAACGGUAUUUGAAUCUGUUGGACGAAGGAUUGUUGACGGUUAUUUGGAAGGAUAUAAUGGCACAAUAUUUGCAUACGGACAGACUGGAUCGGGCAAGACCUACACGAUGCUGGGACCGGCCGGUGGUCAGGACAUUCUCGGUGCACAAGCGCAUCUGAGGGGUCUCAUUCCGAGAGCAGUUGAAUAUGUUUUCCGUAAACUGGACGAAAAAAACGAUGAAGUAACGUUUUACCGAACUUCUCUGCUUAGCUCUUUUCUCGCAUUGAUAUUUUAUUAUGAGUUUUGA